AUGCACUCGGACGAAGCUGGGCAAGGCUCUAGAGAGCUCGAUGCCACAGCAACAAUAUUGGCUAACCGGCAAGAUGAAAGUGAGCAGUCUAGGAAAAAACUUAUUGAGCAAAGUCGUGAGUUCAAGAAAAACACUCCAGAGGACCUGCGCAAACAGGUAGCUCCAUUACUGAAGAGUUUCCAGGGAGAGAUUGACGCAUUGGGUAAAAGAAGCAAAGAAGCAGAGGCAGCCUUCUUGAAUGUUUAUAAGAGAUUAAUUGAUGUUCCAGAUCCGGUUCCAGCCUUGGAUUUAGGACAGCAGCUUCAGCUGAAGGUUCAACGUAUGCACGAUAUUGAAACAGAGAACCAGAAACUUAGGGAAACCCUAGAAGAAUACAAUAAAGAAUUCGCUGAGGUGAAAAAUCAGGAGGUUACAAUAAAAGCACUUAAAGAGAAAAUCCGAGAAUAUGAACAGACCCUGAAGAACCAAGCGGAGAAUAUAGCCCUUGAAAAAGAACAAAAGUUACAAAAUGAUUUCGCGGAGAAGGAGAGAAAAUUGCAGGAGACACAGAUGUCGACAGCCUCGAAGCUGGAAGAAGCCGAACACAAAGUUCAAGCUUUGCAAACAGCCUUGGAAAAAACCAGAACAGAGCUAUUUGAUCUGAAAACAAAAUACGAUGAAGAAACUACUGCAAAGGCUGAUGAAAUCGAGAUGAUCAUGACAGACCUUGAAAGAGCAAAUCAGAGGGCAGAGGUGGCUCAGAGAGAGGCAGAGACCUUAAGGGAGCAGCUCUCGUCAGCUAACAAAUCUCUCCAACUUGCUACGCAGAUCCAGAAGGCACCUGAUGUGGAGCAGGCCAUCGAGGUGCUAACACGGUCCAGCUUGGAAGUAGAACUGGCUGCGAAGGAGCGGGAAAUCGCCCAGCUCGUAGAAGAUGUCCAGAGACUCCAGGGCAGCCUCACCAAGCUGCGGGAGAACUCCAGCAGCCAAAUCUCACAGCUGGAGCAGCAGCUGACCGCCAAGAACAGCACACUUAAACAACUGGAAGAAAAACUGAAAGGACAGGCUGAUUAUGAAGAGGUUAAGAAAGAAUUAAAUAUAUUGAAAUCCAUGGAGUUUGCACCAUCUGAAAGCUCUGGUGCGCAGGAUGCAUCUAAACCGCUGGAGGUGCUGCUGCUGGAGAAGAACCGCUCCUUGCAGUCUGAGAACGCCACGCUGCGUAUCACAAAUAGUGACCUGAGUGUGCGCUGUGCAGAGCUGCAGAUCCAGCUGACGGAGGCUGUGUCCACGCUGGCUGGCCAGAAGGAGCUUAUCGCCAAGCUGGAGCAUGACCUCAGCACCAUCCAGGCCCUGUCGACCAUGCAUCGCCCGGAUGCUGAGGGUGCAGCCGUCCCCAGCCUGGAGAAGAUACCUGAGCCCAUCAAGGAGGCCACGGCGCUGUUUUACGGUCACCCGCCAUCCCCCGGCACCUCGUUCCCCGAGGGGCAGGUGGACUCACUCCUCUCCAUCAUCUCCAGCCAGAGGGAACGCUUCCGAGCCAGGAACCAGGAGCUGGAGGGGGAGAACCGCAUGAUGCAGCACACAGUGCACGCCCUGCAGAGCGAGCUGGACAACCUGAGAGCUGACAACAUCAAGCUCUACGAGAAGAUCAAGUUCCUCCAGAGCUACCCUGGGCGGGGCGGCAGCAGGGACGACACCGAGCAGCGCUACUCCUCCCAGUACGAAGAGCGCCUGGACCCCUUCUCCUCCUUCAGCAGGCAGGAACGCCAGCGGAAGUACCUGAGCCUCAGUCCCUGGGAUAAAGCCACCCUGAGCAUGGGGCGGCUCAUCCUGUCCAACAAGACAGCUCGUACCAUUGCCUUCUUCUACACCCUGUUCCUGCACUGCCUCGUCUUCCUGGUGCUCUAUAAAACGGCCUGGAGCGAGAGCGUGGGAAGGGACUGUGCCGCCUACUGCGCUAAGAAGUACGCCGACCACGUCCACAAGUUUCAUGAGAACGGGGAUGCAGGCGAGAUGUGGCAGUGA